AUGGAUAUUAACAAUUAUUACAAAUUUUAAAUCAAAGUUCAUUAUGUUGAAAAAAAAACUUUGGAUGAUUACAGUAAACAAUUGGGAUUAAUUAGUGAUUUAAAUCAAAUAUUAGAAAAAUCUGAAUUUAACAAAAACCAAAAUAAUAUUAAACAGAUUAGUGUGUUUAAUAAUGUUUGGAUGUAAAUUCAUUCAGUUAAUAAUAUGAGAGUGCCAAUUCUCAAUUUUACCAAUAUGAAAAUUUAAAUUCUCAAAUUUAAUAAUACGUUAAUUGCAAUGCUCAGAGUUAAUAAUAAAUGAAUGUCAAUACUCAGGUUUCUAAAUAUUGCUACUAUUGGACUUAUUCAAUCUCACAUUUGAUUUACAACUAAAAAUAAAUUUAGUAUAUACAAUAAAGAACUAACCAAUGUGGAAAAUCUUGUUGAUUUAUAAUAUGUAAGUGAUAAAUGCUUUUGAAAAAUUUUAAGACUCAUGUAAAGAGUUCAAAAAUAACAGUAACACUUACUGGAUUUUACAAACAAAAAAUUUAUUAAAAAACUUAAAGAAUACAAUAAAGGCUUAAAAUUAAAUACUGACUAAUCUACUUUAACUACAGAAAAAGAAUUAAAGAAUUUAUUUAAAAUUUUGA